CCCAAUUCCACUGCUAGUACAAAACAAAUCAAAACAGCCGCCAAUGCCCUUUUCCUUCUUCUUCACUAGAUUUCUCUACAGACGUUUUUCUUCAUUGCGGAGGAGAUGAAUGUUAUAGAUCAAGGCAGUAUGCAGUUCACCAAGAAGCCAUAUGUGGAAGACGUCGGCCCCCGAAAGAUAGAAAGUAUUAAGUUCUGUACACUAUCUGAGAAGGAAAUAUUAAAAAUUUCUGAAGUUCAAGUUUCGCGCGGCAUUUACUACAAUGACGCCAGAAAGCCUGAAGCUAGUGGGUUGUUAGAUCCUCAUAUGGGGCCACCAAACAAGCUUGGCAAAUGUGAAACAUGUGGUGGAAAUUUUCAGAACUGCCCAGGUCAUUGUGGAUACUUGAAUCUAGCCCUUCCUGUAUAUAAUGUCGGAUUUUUGGCUACGAUCGUUGACAUAUUGAAGUGCAUUUGCAAGAAAUGCUCCAUAAUACUCCUUGAAGAAAAAGAGCGGCGAGAUUUCCUUAAGCAGAUGAGAGGUCCAAAACUUGAGCAUUUGAAGAAGGUUGAGUUACAGAAGAAAACAGUGAAAAGGUGUAAUGGCAUGGGAGGAACUAGGCGCGCUGUUGUGUGCUCCAGAUGUGGAUAUAUUAAUGGUAUGGUUAAAAGGGCACAAUUGAAAAUCGUACAUGAUCGUGCUAGAGUUGCUGACAGUGCUGAUUGUAGCUUGGAGGAAUGCCGUUCAGCUCUAUCCCAUACAAAGACAAAUAUGCCUUUGCCUUCAUAUCUUGAUCCUAAAAGGGUCUAUGAGCUACUGAAAAAUAUGCGUGAUGAGGAUUGUGAGUUGCUUUAUCUAAAUGAUAGACCUGAAAAGCUUAUGCUUACUAGUAUUCUUGUGCCACCAACUUCCAUACGACCUUCAGUUUUUGUGGAUGGUGGAACACAGAGUAAUGAAAAUGACAUCACAGAGAGACUAAAAUAUAUCAUCCAAGCCAAUGCUAGUGUUCGCUCAGAAAUGGCAGAAACAGACUCUCAAAGCAACAGAUGCAUGGUUAGCUGGCAGCUUCUGCAAGAGGAGGUUGCACAAUAUAUGAAUAGUGAUGUUCGUGGAUUGACACCACAACCUGCAAAUAGUACUAGAAGACCAUUGAGUGGUUUUGUUCAGCGUCUUAAAGGAAAGCAGGGGAGAUUUCGUUGCAAUUUAUCAGGGAAGCGUGUAGAGUUUACUGGCAGGACAGUUAUUUCUCCUGAUCCUAAUUUGAAAAUUACUGAGGUUGCUAUUCCAAUUUUAAUGGCUCGGAUUUUGACUUAUCCUGAACGAGUUUCACACCAUAAUAUUGAGAAAUUGCGGCAAUGUGUUCGUAAUGGCCCCCAAAAAUACCCUGGUGCUAAGUUUAUAAGGACACCUGAUGGUCAUGAGAUAUCAUUGAUGUAUUCUGCCCGGAAGCAUCAUGCAGAUCAGUUGCAGUAUGGGUGCAUUGUGCAUCGUCACCUUGAAGAUGGAGAUGUAGUUUUAUUUAAUAGGCAACCGAGUUUGCACCGAAUGUCAAUCAUGUCCCAUCGGGCAAGGAUAAUGCCUUGGCGAACACUGAGAUUCAAUGAGUCAGUGUGCAACCCAUACAAUGCUGACUUUGAUGGUGAUGAGAUGAAUAUGCAUGUACCACAAACAGAAGAGGCCCGUACUGAGGCUCUUAUGCUGAUGGGGGUGCAGAACAAUUUGUGCACCCCAAAAAAUGGAGAAAUCUUGGUUGCAUCAACACAGGAUUUUCUAACUUCUUCCUUUCUUAUAACAAGAAAAGACACAUUUUAUGACCGCUCGGCCUUUUCACUCAUGUGUUCAUAUAUAGGUGAUGCCAUGGACCCAAUUGAUUUGCCAACUCCAGCAUUAGUUAAGCCAGUGGAGCUAUGGACUGGCAAACAAUUAUUCAGUGUGCUAUUGCGUCCCCAUGCAAAAAUGAGAGUAUAUUUAAAUCUAACUGUAGCAGAAAAGUCAUAUGGGAAGUCUAGAGAAACAAUGUGUUCCAAGGAUGGUUUUGUGUAUAUUCGCAAUAGUGAGCUCAUCAGCGGGCAGCUUGGGAAGGCCACUUUAGGUAAUGGGAACAAGGACGGUAUUUACUCCGUUCUUCUCAGGGAUUAUGGUCCUCAUGCUGCUGCUACCUGUAUGAAUCGCAUGGCAAAGUUAAGUGCACGAUGGAUAGGAAAUCAUGGUUUUUCAAUUGGGAUCGAUGAUGUUCAACCUGGGGUUACAUUAAACAAGGAGAAGAAGGCGACUCUGGACAAUGAGUAUGGUCAUUGUACCGAUUACAUAAGAAGUUACACAUCUGGAAGUCUGGAGCUGUUACCCGGCUGCAAUAAUGCUGAGACUCUUGAAGCCAAGAUAACUGAGACACUUAAUAAAAUUCGAGAAACUACUGCCGAUGUUUGCAUGAAGAAUUUAAAUUGGAGGAACAGCCCUCUAAUAAUGUCUCAGUGUGGUUCUAAAGGUUCUCCUAUUAAUAUCUGCCAGAUGAUUGCUUGUGUUGGUCAGCAAUCUGUAGGAGGUCAGAGAGCUCCCAAUGGGUUUGUUGAUCGAACACUGCCUCAUUUUGAAAGAGGAGCAAAAGACCCAGAUGCUAAAGGCUUUGUUCAGAAUUCCUUCUACACUGGUUUAUGUGCGACUGAAUUUUUUUUCCACACCAUGGGUGGUAGAGAAGGUCUUGUGGAUACAGCGGUGAAAACAGCCGAUACGGGUUACAUGUCUCGUAGAUUGAUGAAGGCUUUGGAGGAUCUAUCUAUCUUUUAUGAUAAUACAGUGAGAAAUGCUAGUGCUUGCAUUGUGCAAUUUGCCUACGGUGGUGAUGCUAUGGAUCCUGCACAGAUGGAAGAGAAAAGUGGGCUCCCGCUGAACUUUGAAAGAUUAUAUAUGAAAGCCAAGGCUACCUGCCCUGCAACAGAGCAGAAGAGUUUAACGACUGAUGAAAUUGAGAAAAUAGUUGAAAACACAAUCGGGAGAAGACUAGUAAAAUCAUCCAUGACUUCUGAAGGAGAGUCUUCUCAUUCAUUAGAGCCAGCAUCUAAAGAUGAAUGUUUGGCAGCUUUUGCAGAGUCAAUAAGAAAUUUUAUUAAGAAAAAAGGGCCUAGCUCAGUUCGUGAGAAACUGAAAUUGGGUGAAGGGGGACAUUCUGAAGAAGAUAGACACUAUCUGGAAAAUGUUGCCUCUAAUAUAUCUGGGAUAACUCAGCGACAAUUAAUGGUCUUCCUAGAAACUUGUAUAUCUCGUUACAAUUCCAAGAAAAUUGAAGCGGGAACUGCAAUAGGAGCCAUUGGAGCUCAGAGUAUCGGAGAGCCAGGAACGCAGAUGACCUUAAAAACUUUCCACUUUGCUGGAGUCGCAAGCAUGAAUGUUACCCUUGGGGUUCCUAGGAUUAAAGAAAUUGUUAAUGGUGCUAAAAAUAUCAAGACACCAAUUAUUACUACACAUCUGGAUGUUAACAACAAUGACAUAACAGCUAAAAUGGUGAAGGGGCGUAUUGAGAAAACCCUUCUGGAGCAGGUAGCCCAGAGUAUAAAGACUUCACAAUCGUCGAGGUCAGCAUCCGUUGUUGUAACACUUGACAUGGGUAGAAUAAAAGAGGCUCACCUACAUAUUGAUGCGUACACGGUAAAGGAUUCAAUACUACAAACCACCCCAAAGUUAAAACUUAAAGAGCAGCAAAUUAGAGUAGUGGAUGAACGAAAACUUCAAGUCGAUCUGAAUGAUGAUAAAAGUAAACUUCAAUUUGAACUCAAUGGGCUUAAGAAUAAGCUCGCCAAAGUUGUAGUCAAGGGAAUCAGGACUGUUGAGCGGGCUAUAAUACUUAAUGAAUCAAAAGAAAAAGAUCCCGCGUGCAAAAAAUUGACAUUACUAGUAGAGGGGAGUGGUCUUUUGUCUGUCAUGGGCACUGAAGGAAUUAAUGGUCACAAGACAGUGAGUAAUCACAUCAUGGAAGUAAAACAGGUACUUGGAAUUGAAGCUGCACGGAAGAAAAUAAUUGAUGAGAUAAACUACACCAUGUCAAGCCAUGGCAUGACCAUAGACAUACGACACAUGAUGCUGCUGGCUGACUUAAUGACAUUCAAGGGUGAAGUGUUGGGUAUGACAAGAUUUGGUGUGGAGAGAAUGAGGGACAGUGUCUUGAUGCUCGCUUCAUUUGAAAAGACCGCAGAUCACCUCUUCAACGCUUCUGUGAAUGGGAGAGUCGAUAAGAUUGAAGGAGUCUCUGAAUCCAUCAUCAUGGGCAUACCCAUGCAAGUUGGAACGGGAAUGCUUAAAGUGAAGCAAUGUGUGCCGUCUGUUAAGUUUACGUACGCUCCAGAUCCAAUUAUACGAUGACAUUCUGGGAAGGGAUUUAUUGCUUUCCAUUUGGUUAGCAGAUCAUCAUCUCCCUAACUGUAUAUAUUUAGUAGGAGUUGAAUUUACAGUUGCUCACAUUCUGCAGAAAUCUGUGGGUUGUCGAAUCAGAUGAGCGCAAAUGCCAUCUCACAUUCGACUUCUAUAGCCGAAUGCAUCAGUUUUGGAAGUUUUCCGUGGCUUAGAAUAGAGCAGAUUAGAGACUUAAAUGGUUGCAUUAUAUCCAUAUUUUUUUGAAUACUUUGCUCCA